AUGAAUCCUACCCAAGCCUUCCAAACCAAACGUGAUGAAGCGAUUGCCCGUGCACGAAACUUGUAUGGAACGCCAACCUUGCCUCAAGUACCUGCCUUCUUGAAUCGAACCCCAAUCUCGACUCUCCCGGUGUCCAAAGCAGCUGAACCAGUGCUUAAUGGGAUUCAAGUGACCAAACCGGUGUCUAACACAACAGCAGUCCAGGCCUUUAACAUUUCACAAGAACCUUACCACUUAGCCCGUCGACAGCGUGUCACCCCACAGCCAUACCCAGCCACCCGUUCCAGCCGCUUAAUCGCUAAGAAAGUCAUAGCUGGUAAAGGUGCAAUACCCCUAAUGAAUGCGCCAGAGAAGGUCCAAGUUCAGUGUGGUUUCGAAAUGUGGUCUAAAGGCAGAUUUGUUGCUGGACAAGCGGUGAUAAGGUCUGCCAGUUGGGUCUUCCAUGCAGACAUCAAUGCGCACCAAGUUUUGCUGCAGGAACUUUGUCAGAAGCACGAAGGAAAUUUGGAACUCAUCACCAAGUCCACUGAAGAUAGAGAGUUCUUUUCUGAAGCUCACUUUCCCUUCUGCCGACUUGGAACUCGGAAAGGUUCUGUUAAUGACCACGAGAGUUUUGUCCAGUUUUUAAAGGACAACAAGGUUAUUGAUCUCAUAUUUGACCGGGACAACUUCACCAAUCAUUCACUCGACGAGGAAGAGCGGCUUGGAAUGGAAGAAGAAACCAGGCGUUAUGCCGCUAGUUCUAGCACUGCACUGACCAUCAACAGCCACGAUAUUACCCAAAACUUUGGAUCCGCUGUCAUUGAACCGGAAUUCCAAGCUGUACCUCAAAACCCGGCAUCUGCCAUUGUGGAAACGACUUUGACUGGAAGUGACAAUAGUGUGGCACUUCCAUCAAAUGCAAGUAUGAUGCUAUCACCCUAUGUUGUUGCAGCUCUGGAAGAAGAAGGGCUCUUGUUUAUCCGAAAGAGCCCUCCAUGGGUCUCUGAGACAAUCCUUGAUCCCACCGAUCUCAGGUGGAACCACUUUGGGACAGCCCAACACUCACAUUGGUAUUGUGGAUUGGACGACCUAGGCUGGGUUGAUGGUGUCCGUUACCAGCUCGAAAUCGAUGGAUUAAACACUUCACAGAAGAUUUGCCUAUACCGUGUCGAUUACCAAAAGCCCCUCCGAUGCAAGAAAACAAGCAAAGUCAUCCGCGCAGAGAUUCUCGACUCUGGUUUUGCUUACCCAAUGGUAGCGGAGUACAGCUUGGUAGAAAAGGACCUCACCCGCGAUACAUAUAUGAAGGAGGCCAACUAUACGAUGAGAAGAUACGCGGCGGCAAGACAAUUCCUGGCUAUAUUCUGCCAAGAAAUUAAAGAAUCAAAUGCAUCUCCUGCGCAGAAGAAGAUGGCCAAGGUCUUACGAGUGAGUCAUCGAAUAUCCAUACCACGUACAGACGACAUCUUCAAGGAUGGCCAAGAUGACGAUUUCAUACCACUUCCGACUGGUCUGGACGACCCAGCCAACAUAGGAGAAGAACUGAUGGAUCGACCUGAAGAUAUACCAACUCGUUUACUUCACGCCUUCCAACACUGGGUUUAUGUGAAGACGAAUGGACAGUUGACACUCACUCACUUCAAGGGCAAUCCACCCCUCUUGUCCCACCCAAAGAUAAUCGACUUGAACCCAGAGGCUACUUGGUCCAAGGGUCAAGAUAGCAUUUCUAUGAUGUCCCAGUUUAUUGCAAAACACGAGUGCACAACUGCUUGUUUGGCCCUUGACUUGUCAAUACUCCAAGAGAUUCCCUGGGCUCCUGUCAAGAAAGCAGGAACCGCGCUGGGAAUUUCUAGUGCCGCUAAUAAAAAGUCAGUGAUGGAUGAUGAAGAUAUUGCACUGGUAUCUGUUGUCCGGCAGGGUCACAAGGCCCUGAAUAUGAGCAAGUAG